AUGUUUGCGUUCCAGAAAGAAUAUCGUCUGUUUGUUGACGUUUCAUAUUUUUGUUGUAGCUCAUGUUGCACUGAAUCGAACGCGUUGUCAGCUAAAUUGUUAGUAUCGAUGAUAGCUGAAUGUCUAUUGCUAGCAUACGGUGUUAAUUGACCCAGGUUAGUUCGUGAAAUGAAAGCUGAUUACUACCGGAUUAGAAUGAAUGGUAAUGUUGGGCAGUUAAAAUUGAGAUAUUUACAGCAGUAAAUAAACAUUAGAUAUGUCUUGUGACGAAUCCUUUGUUUAUAUAGACUAUGCAGAUGUCGUACCCAUAUCCAUUAAUCAGAUAUCCAGUCCUCCACCUGCCGGUUAUAGAGUUCCUGAAAGCGAGUCUUGCAUUGUUAUAGAUGAUGAUGGCACUGGACUCAAAGAUCACAGAACGAAUAUACCCAGUAUAUAUUGGGGAGGUGGUCCAUCCAAUAGCCAUAAUCAAAUUCAGUCCCAGUCAGCAAUCACUAAAACUAGCAAUAGAAAUAAUGAGGAGGAGGAUUGUGUUAUUGUGGGCGUGUCCAUCGAAGAUGAUAACUCAUCAUGUAGUUCUUAUCAACAUUUACCUGGCUUGAGUGGAACGGGAACUGAAUCCGUUUGUGGACCUCUAGGUAUAAUGCAAAAUAGAUAUGCCGCUCGAGAGGAAGAAGAAUCUGAUCUAGGAUAUUGUGAAGGUGAAAAUAGUCCAAUAAACGAUGGACCAAUCAUUUGUGAUGCACCAACCCCUUCCUGUGAUGCACCAAGUCUGACUUAUGAUGAACCACUCCCGUCUUCUAAUUUCAGUUCUAUAGCUAAUGAAACUGAGGGUGGUUUUGAGCCUACACUGUCGUUCACCAGGAAACCAACUCGUGGACAUAGAAGACCAUUUUAUUGUCCAGAAUGUCGAACUGUAUGUUUCGAUUAUCACGAACACGAACAACCUGAUGAAGAUACCACCAACAUGCCAAAGACAAAAAUUUAUUCAUGCAAAUUUUGUGGACAAACUUUUGAUAAGGCUGGCGUAUUUUUACGCCACUGUCGAAACUGUGAGUAUCGUACCCAGUGUCAGUAUUGUGAAUUGGUUUUGCCCGAUAAAAAAAGCUUAGAGGAUCACUUGAACUAUGUGCAUAAUGAGCACGAACACCCGGAAAUGCCAGAGAACCCUAGUCAAAAUAUUGUUAUGGAAGAACACCCAGUUCCUCAGCAGACUGAUGAACUUCCAGAGUAUGAGGAUGAGGAUCAAUCCAAACAAUCAAAGUCUGGAAAGGAAUUUAAAAAAUCAAACCUCCCUAGUAUUUCAUUAUCCACUAAGAACUCAAACACCCGAAAGCCUAAGUCUAGUGUGAAAUACACCUGUGAAUAUUGUGGCCGUAAAAUGGUUUAUUUAUCAACUUACCAGAAACAUCUGAAAACUCACAGGUCUAAAAAACAAAAUCCAUCGAGUACCUGUACGACCUCCUCUGAACAACACAGACAGAAUAACAAAGAUGUUGGUCAAAAAACACAAAGAAAAGCUACUAAUUCAGUUCCUAUAGUGGAAUCUACAAUAAAAUACACUUGUCCUCACUGCAGUUUUGAUGCAAAAUGUUCCGCAAGUUUCAGAAGGCACCUUAAAAUUCAUGAUGGGCAUAGUACAAAUCAAGAUACAGCCACUUCUAGAUGUCCUGAGAGUUCCUCAGAAGACGAAUGUAGAAUUAUUGAAUGCCAGCUUUGUAAACUAAUUCUGCCCGACUCAAACAGUCUAAACGAACACUUCCAGAAAGUCCAUAAUCCGAACUCUGAAGAACAACAAGAAGGUUUCAAAGAGUUUAAUGUUGAACCCCUUGAGAGCAACAAUGAAGUGACAAAUGUUCAGGAACACCAAAGCACAAAUCCAAUGUUAUCAGUGAAAUACACAUGUCCACAUUGUGAUCUGGAAGUGAUUAAUUUAACAAAUUUCUACAGUCAUUUAAAAACUCAUGUUGUUAUUACAGAAAACAAAAUUAAAAAAGAACCCAAGAGGCAGUUUUUUGAGUGUUCUGAAUGUGGUUUGAAAUUAACCUCUCUCACAAAUCUCAACAGGCAUACCAAAGAGCACAAAGUCCUCCCAAUUACAUGUAAUCCAAAUGAGCCCUCCUCAAAAAGGCUGAGUAAAAAAUAUCAGUGUCCGGAAUGUGGAAUAAAAUUGACCUCUCUCAAAAACUUUAAAAGACACAGCAAAACACAUGCAAAUCUUCCAAAAACUGAAAAUCAACAGGUUAAUAAAAAACGAGGUAAACAGUUCAAAUGUUCUGAUUGUGACCAGAAAUUAAGUUCAUUCAAGAAUCUCAAAAGACACCUAAAGAGUCAUCAAGAUCUUCCAAAACACGAAAAUCAUUCUACAAAAAAGAAAAAGAAAAAGUUUGAAUGCAUAGAGUGCGGGAGAACAUUCAGUGCCUUUAAAAACCUUAAGAGACACCAAAAAACGCAUUCAAGGGACAUGGUUGAUGACAUUGAUGAAGAAUCAUUAGAUACAAAAAUCAUAGAUGAUUUGGAACAGGAUAAGCUCAAAUGCCCUGAUUGUGGACGAGGCUUUUGGUAUGAAAUAAAUUUAGAACGACAUCGUGCAGUUCAUUCUGAUAAGACAUUAUAUCGUUGUCAAGUUUGCUAUGUUAAUUUUGUGAAACAGGAACAUUUACAGGACCAUUUUGAGAAGUUUCAUUUAGAUGAGUGAAAAAAAGUUAAUGUUACUGUGUAUAUGUACUGGUAUAGCUCUGAUAUACCUUAUGACAGAAAACUAAAAUCACUUCGAUUGUUAUUUGAAUCGAUUGUUACUUGAAAUCGAUUAUUACUUGGAAACCGUUGUUUUUUUUAAUCCAUUGUUACUUAAAAUCAAUUGUUACUCGGAAUUGAUUGUGUGACAUGUACUUAAAAUAGAUUGUGAUUGUGUUACUUAGAAUAGAUUGUUAUUAUAUGUUAAAUAAUAUAGGUUGUGACUUCUUUGUUACUCUUCAUAUCUUGAUUAAAAACUCAUCUUAUCAAAAUAUAUUUCAAAAAUUGUCAAAAAACUUGGAACCAGUGAACUUUUUGUAUAGUUUUGUAUGUGCUUAAUGCAUUUUUUUGUGGAUUUGGUCCUAUACAUGUACAUGUAUAAAUGGCAUAUAAUAUGGCAAUUUGACAUCCGAAAAGUCUUCAGUAAUCACAUUACAUAUACUUCCAAUUUUACACUUACCUAGGGUGUUUUUUGUCCUGUUGGUUAAUGAUACACACCAUUAAAUUUGUUUAUAAGAGAGUGAGUGUGUGAAUGUGUGUGCAGGUUAUUCGGUCUGUUAUUUGUGCAAGAAAUAAAUUCAUUUCCAAGCCCACCUAAUCUCCUGGGUUUCCUCCUUCCCUCUUCUGUAAAGACCCCUUCAAGCAAAUUAUUGAAAUAGUAUCUACAUGUACUCUCUAUCCAUACCCCUCCCCCCUUUUUUGGAUUGGUACAUGUACAUGUAUCUUUACUCUUUACUUUCUUAUCAGCUUGAAAGACAAAUCACAAGCCAGUUUAAUACUUUGGAGAUCCCAUUUCUUGUGGUUGCAUGUUUCAUUUAUAUUUUUAUAUAUAUAAUUUAAGGCCCAAAGAAGGACCUUCAAUAAUUAGAUUUAGCUCUUACACAAUGCCUGUUUAAGUAAUGAUUUUACACUCCUUUUUUUUUGAUAUAUGUGAGAAAGCAUUUACCUGGAUGUACAUGUAUAUAAUUAUGUUUUAUAUAUUGAAUUUCUUUAAUAAUGGUUUUGUUUAUACAUGUACAUGUAUUUCUGAUUGUUACUCCCUGGAGCAUAAAACUCAAAUCUAAGUUGGAAUUCUGACAUGGGCUAAGUAGAAUUUCAGGAUUUUUCAAACCUAGUAAGCCCCCCCUGUUGCCUAGUCAUUCGAAUGGGAGCAAACACCUGAGGUCAAGCCAUGUAUAGAUUGGCAGGCACAAAUAUUUGAGAGGUGGUAGGGAACUGUCAUUUUGACUAAAAACGGGCCAACAAGGAAAGUAUGCCUUGUCGUUCAAACUGAGGCACAUCUGUGUUUAUUUUAUGUACAGGUAUAAGAACCAUCAGCCAUUGGGAUACGAUGAAGGUUAUAUUUACAUAUUCAUCAGGGUUCUUAAUCCAUUUUGAAAUGAACCGACCAGAACUGUAAUAUUCCUGAUUAAAUUAUUGUGUAGGUUUUUUCGAUGAAUAUAAGCUGAUACGACACCAUGGUAUUUCUUCAAAACACAAUUUAUUUGUAGUUUUUGUCUAUCACGUAACUUGCAAAUGUUUUUAUUCGUUCGUCCUUGAUUGAUCACGUGGCAACCAUAAUUGAAAUUGCUUUAAAAUAAAAUUCUGUGCGACUAUGCCAUAGCUUUCAAUAAUAAUAAUGACAAUAUUUUUAAAAUUAAGCCUCUGUCAGCGUCUGUAUAAAAUAAAAAAUCAUAACGGUAAACGCUAUUUAAAACUAAAACUAUCACCCCUGGUUUACUGACCUAAUUCCAACCGAUGUCACGUGUCAUCGGGGAUUCGGCAUUGGAGAUUGUGUCGGAAAUAGAUUAUUAAUGACUGUUUCUCGGUGUGUUCUGUUCGAGAUUAUAUUCAACCAAGAUUUAAAUUUAACUAGCAAUUGGUCAGCGAAACCAUUAAAUGUGUGAUCCAAUAAUUAUUUUAAUACCUACCAGUACCUGGAAUUCAUACGGUUCGUCGAAAACGCGCGAUUCACAAGCGAAGUGCACAAUCCAUGCAGAUAUCGUCUUCCUAAGUUCCUUCGACCGCCACGUGGCGAUCCACAAAGGCAACUUUCCAGACCCGUUGUUCAUGUACUUACUACGUGUAAGGAAUUGCAUUACCAUGUUUCAGUCAUAAUUAUUUGUCAUAAUACCCAAUCGAUGUUUAUGUGUUGUCCCUUCUACAUACAUACAUAUAUUAGCCCCCUUCAAUCAAAUGGUUGGGUGAUCUAAUGUUUUUUAGAUCAUAAUGCCUGUCAGUUGAGUCAAGUGAUUUGGUUUUCACCAGAGGCUAGCAGGUGUUACUCCCCCCCCCCCUCUCUCUCUCUCUCUUUCUCCUCGCUCUCAAACAAUCUGUGAUAAAAGUGUGCAUUUAGUCUAUCAGCCACAGAUUGUCAGUCAGUAGUACCCCUACUGUCCACGAUACAUUGUGCACAAUCCGUCAGGUUGUAUAAUUUACCUCAGUGCUUAUUUGUCCUUGGUGUUUACUCACCCAGAUAUACAUAUUUGGUAUAUCAAAACUAUGUAGUUUAUUUUUGCUUGCCACACAUUAUUCAAAUUGGCAACAAGUGAAUGCCAAAGAAAAAAAAUCCUUUGUAUGUCUUGUUUGCAUGGAUAUAUUUUGUGAAUCAAAUCUGUAUUUUUAUACGCCCACAUUGAAAUGUGGUCGUAUAUUGUCGAUCCCUUCCAUCCGUCGGUGUGUCCGGGGUCCACAAUUGCUUGUGGAUACUCUAGAGGCUGAAGUUGACUUUAAAUUUAUACACAAUGAUUGAGGUCAUGAGACGAAGAAUUCUAUUGAUUUCCGAUAAUUACUUCCAGAGUUUUGGCCCUUGAUAUUAAAUGUUAUAUACAUGUAUAUACUAAACAUUAGUAUAGGGCAGAACUAGUCUAGAAGCCAAAUAAAUUCAAAUGAUUUCCGAUAAUUACUUAAUGGGUUGUUACACGAAGUCAGAUUUUAGUGUGCUGUAAAUGUUUGCAUUACUGACCAAAAAAUAAAUGUGUGACGACCCUAGUUGACUUCCGGACGACUUAGCUGAUGUGGGCUUAUGUUUCGUUGUAUGGCAAUCUAUCUUUUUUACUUAUCAAACAGUUUUUUCAAAUCGGCAAAAAGUGAAGAUUUGAGCCAGUCAGUCAGUAUUUACUGGUAUUCUGCAUUUAUUAUAAUAAUAAUGUACUUGUUGUAUUUUAUAUGCUUAUAAAGUUUUUGAAAUGUU